CAGUCAUGAGCCGUCUCACACUGGUUCUGUUUUGUGUCCUGGUGACUUUGUGCAGUUGCGCCCCUCGACAGAAAAGAGGAUUCCGCAACGCCGCCCUUUCUACCGCCCGAGGAUUCGGAAAGAGGAUUCCUCCCCACACCUCUGAAGGGCUCGAAGAUCUCUCCUCCGACCUCAGAUCUAUGUCAUCUAGUUUGUUGGCUGAACAGAUUGCAAGGAAUCCUGGUUUUGCGCAACUUUUAAUGGAGAAAGUCAUAGACAGAAACAAUGAAGGGCUGAUUCAUCCCGAUGAAAUAUUCCAGUCUUAGAGAAGACAACAAAUUCCUUUUUUUUGUUUCAGAAUCAUUUGGAGAGAGAAUUUAAUCAGCAGCCAAUCAUCGAAGUAAUGGAGUCAUUCUAAUUCAUGACACACGAAAAAGGACUCUCUUUAAUUAAUUGUUUGUCUCUUUAAUUCAUAUUGUAUAUAUUAUAUUUGAGAAA